AACAGCGUGAAGUAUCGCAGGAUAGUGCUUUGCUUCUUGCAUAUAAAUUUAACGAUUGUGUUGUUCGUAGUUCCUGCGAAAAAAAGCAUUAAGAAAUGAAAAUUGUGGCAAUAUUUUGCUUGUCGUCUUUGAAGGUAUCACUUGAAAAUAUUUUUCUACUGUGCCAGUUUCAGAUGUGAUGCAGCAGUUCUUGUUUUGACAAGAAAGAUGGUACGCGUUGGUGUUACAUGAACGUAUAAUGCCGCCCAAGUUUAAGAAAACUGUGCCUCAAGAAGAUUUAGUGGCCGCCAAAGAUGAGGAAAGAGCUUCACUGUUGGAACAACAAAGUGGAAGUGAGGAAGAUGAAGGUUUCUUUCUUAAUUCUUCAUCAACAAAACGUGAAAAGAAAACCUUAGAAAACGAACGUAUUAAACAAGUCCAUGGUCAGAUCACCGAAGUAAUUGAAACAUUAAAAGAUAAUGUGAAAAUCCUAGACAGAGGCAAACGUCUUGAAGAACUACAGGACACAUCAGACAGAUUGACAGCUGCGAGUAUAGAUUUCAGGGAAGCUUCUAACCGAAUGAAAAGACGUGUCUGGGCUCAGCAGAUGAGAACGCGAGCCAUAUUAAUUGCAGUUUGCAUCAUACUAUUGGUGGGUUUGAUAGUUCCAGUCAUCGUCCAUUAUUCCCGAGCCUGAAGACAUCUCUGUGUUCGAAUAUUUGAAGAUAAUGUCUUUGAACUUAAAUAGGAUGUGUGUGUCCUGAAGUGUUCUGCGUUCUGAAUAGUUGGAGAGUAGUUUUAACCGUUCCAGUGUAUAUUACAGCUUAACUUAUCAGAACUUACAUGUUUUCAGUUACCUCUGUUUAACUGUGUUUAUUGGGUCAUUGGCACAGUCACAUUAUGUCACACUUAAUCAUUAAGCCUGCUAGUGCUUACUCAAUAAAUUGAAUUGCUUAUGUAUGAUUUAAUUAUCUUGCCAAAUAAUCCAGGCUGUGCACAUUAUGGCAAUGUUAAAACAGUAAGGUCAUACAGACUGUACAGUGAGUUGUCAAACCAAGCUUCAGGUUGGAAACAUUGAAUAAAUCAUGUAAGCUAGUCACAAAAAUUUUUUCAGUUAUGUGACAGAAUUCUGUGAUUCCAUCAACAUACAUGUGCAUAUAGCUAUUCAUAAAUAAAUUAAUAUGUGCACAAUUCAGAA